AUGCUCCUUUAUAAUCGUGACUGUCGACGUUCGUUUACGAAAGAUGCGAAGUUUUGGUUGGCACCUGAUGUGAAGAGCUCAACGAUAAUGAAUGAAUUCGAGAAGAAAACAGAGCGUGCCCAAUUUUUGAUCUCGAAAAUGAGCCAUUUGGUCGUGCUACACGAUCGAAUUCUACUCUUCAGGAAAUACGUUGGUGCAGAAAAAGAAAGUCUUGACGGUGCGCCGAACACGAUGAUUACAGUUGAGCGAACGCGUCUGGUCGAGGAUGGCUAUCGGCAGUUAUCAAUGCUAUCGUCAAACGCACUCAAAGCAACCAUUCGUGUCAAAUUCAUCAAUCAACAGGGUUUGGAUGAAGCGGGUAUUGAUCAGGAUGGUGUCUUUAAAGAGUUUCUCGAGCUGACACUGAAACGAGUUUUUCAUCCGGAUCUUAAUCUGUUCAAGGUUGGUAGUUUUGCUUGUUUAUUGAAAACAUCUUAUGCAUAG